AUGGGCGUCUCGGCACCGCGUACGGCUGACCGGCGCGAGGCUCGGAUCCAGUCUGGCGGUGUUGCUGGAGUCUGGCGACUGCGUGCUUCGGAGUCCUCCGAGCAGUGGGCAGAGAAGAACCCCCAGGGACCUGACUUUGGGGAUGCUGGAGGAGCGCCCGGCGCGGCUCUCCCCUGCGUGCUGCGGAAAGCAGCGCGGCUCCUGUGCCUUCCUGGCCCUGGGAUGAUGCCCAACAGCUGCGAGCGUUCGCAUAUGGACAAAACCACAGCGCAGUUACUGCUGGGCAGCCUCUACGGGCUCAGGGACCCGUCUGAACUCCAGCAGCUCAGCAAGCAAUACAGCAAUAUCAAGCUCCUCCAACUGGAUGUGGUCUGUGAAAACAGCAUCAAGAAAGUGGUCAAGGAAGUGGAAGAAAUUGUGGGAGACAAAGGUCUGAACUGCCUCAUUAACAACGCUGGCAUCAAUGUGCUUGCUUCCUUGGAAGAAGUCACGGCAGAAACAAUGCUCACCAUUUAUGAAACCAAUACAGUUGCCCAGCUGAUGGUCACCAAGGCAUUUCUACCCCUGCUGAGGAAGGCAGCCCAGCUGAGCACAGGAAUGGGCUGCCACAGAGCUGCUAUUAUCAAUAUGUCCUCCCUUGCUGCCUCCAUGCAACUCGUCCAGGCAAAUGAGAUGUUCCUCAAGGUCUACCCGUACAGGAUAGCAAAGACCGCGCUGAACAUGAUCACCAGAUGUCUUGCUGCAGACCUGAAAUCGGAUGGAAUUCUCUGUAUUUCUUUGCAUCCAGGCUGGCUUCAGACAGACAUGGGUGGAAACAUGGCUCCCAUGCAGGUGCAAGAGGCGAUCCCAGGUAUUCUCUCCGUUCUGGACCGUCUUGGCGAAAAAGAAAAUGGUUCCUUCCUGGACUGGCAAGGGGAAACUCUACCGUGGUAGAAGUGCAGAGGAUGCUACGGAAGGAGCAUGUCAGUCACUGUUUAACUCGUGCCACUAAUGUCUGUGUCUCUAGGGUUUUCUUA